UAAUAAAAACUAUUUGUUUAAUUUUAAAAUUAAAAAUAAACGCAGAUGAUAAAAUAAAGAAAAAAAAGAGAUCUAUAGUUUGAGACGCAAAUAAUAACCCUAACCUUAAUAAAUAUCAUGACUGCAGUAAAUUUUGAAACACUCAGCGAGGAUGAAGUUAUAGGAUUUUUAGAUUCUAUUGAUACUAUACUUACUGAUUGCGAUGGUGUACUUUGGAUGUAUAUGAAUCCUUUGCCAAAUGCAGCAGAAGUUAUAAAUACUUUUCAAUCUUUUGGUAAAAGGGUAUUUUAUGUAACGAACAAUAGUACAAAAACUAGGGAAGAAUUUGUUAAGAAAUGUAAUCUUUUAAAUUUUAAAGCAACUAAAGAAGACAUUUUAUGUACAGCAAAUUUGUCUGCUUGUUACUUACAAGAUUUAAAUUUCAAGAAGAAAGUUUAUAUUAUAGGAUCUGAAGCAAUUGCAAAGGAACUGAAAGAAGUUGGAAUUUCAUAUGUUGGUGUAGGGCCAGAUCCUAUUAAUAAAAACAUUCCAUAUAAUACGCUUAAUAAGGAUCCUGAAAUAGGUGCAGUUAUAGUUGGUUUUGAUGAACACUUUUCUUAUCCAAAAAUGGUUAAAGCAGCUUCAUAUUUAAGUGAUCCUAGUGUACAUUUCAUUGCUACAAAUACAGAUGAAAGAUUUCCUGUUGCUAAUAAUGUUGUUAUACCUGCAGGUACUGGAAGUUUGGUACGAUGUAUAGAAAGUUGUGCAGAGAGAAAAGCUGUAGUGAUGGGGAAACCUGAAAGUUAUAUUGCAGAUGUAUUAAUGAAACGAUUUCAAGUGAAUCCUGAGCGCACAUUAAUGAUUGGAGAUCGACAUAAUACAGACAUAUUAUUAGGAACUCGAUGUGGUUUCAAAACACUAUUGGUUUUAACAGGAAUUACUUGUUUAAAGGAUAUAGAUAAGUGGAAACAGUCAGAUUGUGAACAAAUGAAAGAAUUUAUUCCUGAUUAUUAUAUUGAAUCACUUGGUAAUCUUUUACCUUAUUUAGAAAAAUUUAAAAGAAAAUAUGUUAUGUCUAAAUAGAAUAUAAUGAAAAAAAUAUUAUAUUUAUAGUAUGAUUAAAAUAUUAUUUAAAA